UGCCAUUGUUUUGCAGCUGCUGCUGUAAUUUUUUUGUGUUAUUUGUAAUCAGAAUCUUCUUGCUUACAUAUUGUAUAUUUUUUUAGUAUGGAUGCGUAGGGUUGUGAUUGUCCCUGUGCUCGUACACGACACUGCUUACCAAAACCCAUACGUGAUGGCUAGGUCGGUGCUGAUGGUGGUUGUGGCUGUUGUAUACGCCGCCUUGUCGACGGAGGGCGACGGUGCUGGAAUUCACAGAGUGCUUAAUUUGGAGAGGGCGUUUCCGGUGGAGGAGAAAAUGGAGCUCGAGGUUGUUAAAGCUCGGGACCGUGCGAGGCACGCGCGGCUGUUGCAGAGCUUUUCCGGUGGUGUUGUAGACUUUCCGGUUAGGGGUACCUCCGAUCCCUACAUUGUUGGACUUUAUUUCACCAAAGUGAGAUUGGGGUCUCCUCCACAAGAGUUCAAUGUACAGAUUGAUACCGGGAGUGAUAUUUUGUGGGUUAGUUGCAGUUCCUGCAACAAUUGUCCACGGAGCAGUGGAUUGGGUAUUCCCCUCAAUUUCUAUGAUGCUUCGACCUCUUCAUCCGUUUCCUCUAUUUCCUGUGCGGAUAAUAUCUGCUCUUCCAUUGUUCAAACUGCAUCUGCCGAAUGCUCUGCUCAAAGCAAUCAGUGCGGCUACUCAUUUAAAUAUGGUGAUGGAAGCGGGACAGCUGGUUUUUAUGUAUCUGACCUACUCAACUUUGAUACGAUCUUUGAUGCCUCAUUAGUAGCCAAUUCUUCUGCUCCAAUUGUUUUUGGGUGCAGUACCUCUCAGGCCGGGGACCUGACUAAACCGGAUAGAGCAGUUGAUGGAAUCUUCGGAUUUGGUCAGCAGGAUCUGUCCGUAAUAUCACAGUUGUCGUCACAAAGGAUUACACCUAAAGUGUUUUCCCAUUGCCUGAGAGGUGAGGGCAAUGGCGGAGGAAUACUAGUUCUUGGUGAGAUAUUGGAUCCGAGAAUUGUUUAUACCCCCCUUGUUCCAUCACAGUCUCACUACAAUUUAUAUCUGCAGAGUAUAGCUGUCAACAGACAGUUGCUACCAAUCGAUCAAGAACUGUUUACGACAUCAGGCAACAAAGGAACAAUCGUUGAUUCCGGGACAACAUUGGCGUACCUUGUCGAAGGAGCUUACGAUCCUCUUGUUGCUGCUUUAACUGCGACCGUAUCUCAAUUUGUCAAACCGAUUAUUUCGAAAGGGAAUCAGUGCUAUCUUGUUGCUACAAGUGAGCUUCAGAUGUUCCCAUCGGUCGCGCUCAAUUUUGCCGGGGAUGCAUCCCUGAUACUACGACCAAUCGACUACCUCGUGCACACAGGAUUUCUUGAUGGUGCUGCAAUGUGGUGCAUUGGCUUUAUUAAAGUAGAGAAUCAAGAGACAUCUAUUCUAGGAGAUCUUGUUCUCAAAGAUAAAAUAUUCGUUUAUGAUUUGGCUCACCGGAGAAUAGGAUGGGCUGACCAUGAUUGUUCUCUGUCUGUAAAUGUAUCCGUAACUACCAGUAAAGAUGAGUUUCUGAACGCCGGGCAGCUGAUUGCCGGCAGCAGCUCGCUGGUCAGUCCAAUCUUCCACACACUGCAUAAGAUCAUUAUUUCGCUUGUGUUGGUAUCCGUCACCCUUCUGAUCUCAUAGCAUUUAUCCUCUUCGCCGCAAGGUAGGUAUGUCGCUAAUUUAUGUAUAUUUGUAGACAUUGUUUUCGAACCUUAGGUAGCCUUUGUCUUUACAUAUAGAGAUUCAUAAAAAUGAUAUGUACAACAUUGGUCUUGUUAAUUCAAUUGAUGGUAUGAUCACAGUUUAUAUAAAAUAAAUGAACAUAAAUUAAAAGCAUACCUAAUCAU